AUGGGUGGCAUUAACUGGCAACAAGGCGAGGCACUAUCUACCGGUGGCUCUGCCUUGAUUGGUGUAAGCUUGACUUUAUCUGUGAUCCAGAUCCUUUUUGUCAUUGCACGGUUCUACACUCAUUCUUUACAACACACAAAGUGUGGCGCUGAUGACUAUGUGAUGCUUGUUGCCUUGAUUGGAAGCAUCGCUAAAGCGGUGAUCUACGUUGUUUUGGUUGAAGUAGCAGGACUCGGGCAUCACGUCGACGAUCUUGCCUAUCCGCAACAGAAUAUAACUUUGACGAGAAAGGGAUUUUUCGCUCUAGAAUUGCUUGACCUCCCUCUCACAGUUACCCCAGCAAAGUUAGCUCUCCUGCUCUUCUACGUGCGGAUCUUCUAUGUGCGAAUCUUCCAUACGCGCAAUUUCCAAAUCAUCCCGUACACAAUCGGAGCUUUAGUGCUAGGACUGGGAAUCACCGUGUUCUUCCAAAGCAUAUUCCAGUGUAAUCCCAUCGAAUCUGCAUGGGAUUUCAGUGUCUACGGAGCAUGCGUGAAUCAAAUAACAUUUUACCGUGUCAUCUCCCCCAUCAACGUACUCACAGGGUUGAUGAUCGUUGCGCUACCCAUCCCUCUCGUUUGGAGGUUGCAUGCACGGAGAGGGCAGAAAGUAGCUCUGACAGGCGUAUUCCUGCUCUCUGGACUUGGGACUGUAGCCAGCAUUCUCCGGAUGGUAAUGUAUUACAGAAUAUCAUUUGCCCAAGCAAGCGAUGUGACAUGGUUCUCAGUCAAAAUAGCCAUGGUCUCAAUAGUCGAAAGCGCCGUUAUCAUCAUCGCCACUUGUCUAGUCAGUAUCUGGCCUCUGGUCACCCACAUCAUGCGCAAACCUCUCUUUGCAAAACUAUCCUGCUGCCGGUCACGGCGUAAUCGUCACCAUCACCACCAUCAUGAGCAAUGGUACACACAUUCCAUUCAGAUAGAACCAAAAAGUGCCGACCCCCUUCCAUACGAGGAAAAUUUCAUCCAGCGCGAAGUUAGCUGGAGCAGUCGACCUUCUUCUCUGGCGGAACUGGAAGAUCAGCGAUCGUGGAUUCUCGAGGACGAAGAUGAGAGUCCACGACACCAUCCUUGGGUCUCUUAUGAGGUGCAUAUUACAGCCGGGAUCUAA